AAAAGAAAAAGCAUACUACACCAAACAGAGAAAGAAGAAAAAGAAAGUAAGAAAAUUUGUGUUUUGUAUGUAAAAAUGAUGAUGAUGGGCGAUUCAUUUGGAAGUAUAGGCUCAAGCAUGGCAAGUUUGUUCUUUCUUUGGGCAACAAUACAACAAAUCUUCCCUGACCACUUGAAGAUCACAAUCAAAGAGUUUCUUUUGUCUUCAUUCCAACAACUCUGUUUUGCUCAAAGAGUUUCCGAUCAUUUCACCAACCUCUUCUCUCCUUAUGUCGAGAUCCACUUUCCGGAAAGCGAUGAGUACAGUUUCAACCAAGCUUUCUCGGCCAUUGAUACCUACCUUGACUCAAAAGCAACCGACAAGACCAAACAUCUUAGAGGAAGCCAAGUGAAAGAAAGCAAAGGUUUGGUAUUGAAACGAAACGAGGCUAAAGUCAGAGACGAGUACAAAGGAGCUAAUGUCUGGUGGGAGAGAGUGGUUGAUAAUGAUGGAAACCGAUAUUAUAAGCUCACUUUUCACAACCGCGCAAGGACCCUUAUAACCAAUUCAUAUAUAAAAUAUGUGGUUGAAGAAGGGAAAUCUAUUAUAGUCAAGAACAAGCAAACAAGGCUUUUCACGAAUAACUUAAGUACGCAAUGGGUUUUUGGCCAAAAUAUGUGGAGAUCUAUUGAAUUUGAGCACCCCGCGAGUUUUCAGACACUAGCUAUGGAUCCAAAGAAGAAAGAAGAGAUCGUGAAUGACCUCAUCGCCUUUAGUAAUGGUAAGGAGUAUUACAAGAAGAUAGGGAAAGCUUGGAAGAGAGGUUAUUUGUUGUACGGACCACCAGGAACCGGUAAGUCGACCAUGAUCUCAGCUAUGGCUAAUCUUCUAAACUAUAACAUCUAUGAUCUCGAACUUACGGCGGUAAAGAACAACUCGGAGUUGAAAAAACUGCUUACAGCAACAUCCAGCAAGUCUAUUAUUGUGAUUGAAGACAUAGAUUGCUCAGCAGAUUUCACAAGUAACAGAAUCAAGAAAGAGAGCAACUCAAGGGAAAGAUAUGGAAAAGAAGAUAAAGACGAAAACUCGGUUACACUCUCAGGUCUUCUCAACUUCAUUGAUGGUAUUUGGUCAGCUUGUGGACAAGAAAGGAUUGUUGUAUUCACAACAAACCACUUGGAGAAGCUUGACCCAGCUUUGAUUAGGAGAGGAAGAAUGGAUAUGCACAUUGAGUUGUCUUACUGCACUUACGAAGCGUUCAAGAUUCUUGCCAAGAAUUACCUUGAUCUUGAUGGUGAUGAUGCUCAUCCCUUGUUUAGCGAAAUCAAGGCUCUGUUGGAGGAAACAAAGAUUUCUCCAGCUGAUGUCGCGGAAAAUCUUAUGGCCAGAAACCAACAAAUCGACGUUGAUAAAUCCUUGAACCUUCUAAUCAGCGCUCUAGAGGAAGAGAACCAAUAUCAGAGGAGCCAACAAGAGAAGAAGAAAAGCAAGUUCAAAAUAUUUGGUUGAUGAUUAUUAUUUAGCUUAAUUUAUUUGGUGAACUUAAAGUCUUAAACCCAUAUGCAAAUGUUAUUUCCCUUCUCUAAUAAUAAAAGAACAUAGAAACGAAAAAGUAAGAAAUGCAACGGCAAAGUUUUCACAUAGGGACACAAAAAUCUCGAAAUUCCAGUCUGAUAAUUCUGUGUAGAGAAACAAGAAAAAAUAUACUUCCC